AUGGCGAUGAACGCGCGAGGUGUUUACCUUCGAUGGUUCCCGCCAACACACUAUUUGUCCGAUUAUAGUAACUGUAUUCGGCGCCACUCGCAGUGGUCGCAGUACACGGCUGACACGGCGAAAAUCAUUCUCUGGAAGGAAUGCGGUCAGAGGCAGUGGGUCAGUGUACUCGGCGGGAGCGCGCCGGGAUCCCGGGCCCGAAGGCCGUCAUCAUUAAAACGACAUCGAAGGCGUGGGAAUAUAUUAAUGGCGAAUUAA